GUGUCCUCAUCUCCACUGUGGUGCUGCUGCUUUCUCAGAAAGCCUUGUUUAAGUUCUACACUCUAUUCUUUGCUGUCCUCCUUGGCAUGGCAGCAGUCCUCAUAAAUUACUACGCCACCUCCCACAUGGACUUCUACAACGCCUACUAUAAAGCAGCGUUGGGCUUCAGGUUGCUGCCUAGAAACGGGCCGACGCUGUGGCUGGGCAUGGCCGCCGUCCAGCUCGUCUUUGGGAUUGGCUAUGUGUUCUUGCUUAACCUCCAGUCUGUGUUUGCUGCGCUGGUGGUCCUGGACAUCAUGAUUCCUCUGUGGGGGCUGAUGAUUGAACUUCCUGCAGAUGUCAGGCAUCUGGUGGCAAUGUUCUCGGGCCUGGUGCUGGCUCUCAGCACAGCCGUUUGCCUCGCCACGAGGCUCAAAUGGUUCUACUAUUCAUGCCGGUACGUCUACCUGCUCGUACGGCACAUGUACAGGAUCUACGGACUCCAGCUGCUGCUGGAAGACACGUGGAAGAGGAUCAGGUUCCCUGAUGUGCUUCGAGUGUUCUGGCUGACCCGGGUAACAGCCCAGGCACUGAUACUGGUUUACGUGGUGCAGGCGGUGGGGAGAGAGAGCGGAGAUGCCACAGGUGGAGCUGCAGAUGGGAGCUCUGAUGCACAGGGUUACCUGCUGAGCUGGGAUGUGUUCUGGGAUCUCACGAGUAACAUCAUCAUCUCUGGCUGCGACUCCACGCUCACUGUGCUGGGGAUGAGUGCUGUUAUCUCCUCUGUUGCACAUUACCUGGGUCUCAGCAUCCUGGCUUUCAUAGGUUCGACUGAGGAGGAGGACAAACGGUUGGGCUAGGCUCCUGUCCUGUUUUUCAUCCUGGCUCUUCAGACUGGCCUCAGCAGCCUGGAACCUGAGGAACGUCUGGUCCGCCUAAGCCGGUACAUGUGCCUUCUGCUGACCGCCAUCCUGCACUUCAUUCACGGCAUGACUGACCCCGUCCUCAUGUCUCUCAGCGCUUCCCAUGUCUCCUCUUUUCGGCGGCAUUUCCCCGUCCUGCUGGUGUCCCUGGCGCUCUUUGUACUCCCCGUGGUGCUCAGCUACGCCCUCUGGCAUCACUACGUCCUCAACACCUGGCUCUUUGCCGUCACCGCCUUCUGUGUUGAGCUCUGCCUCAAGGUGGUUGUGUCUUUGACCGUCUACGGCCUCUUCAUGGCUGACGGAUUCUCCAAUGUCCUGUGGGAGAAGCUGGAUGACUACGUCUACUACGUGCGCUCCACGGGCAACAUCAUCGAGUUCCUGUUCGGCGUCAUCAUGUUCGGAAAUGGCGUCUACACCAUGAUGUUCGAGGCGGGCAGCAAGAUCCGCGCCUGCACGAUGUGCCUGCACGCUUACUUUAACAUGUACCUGCAGGCCAAGAACGGCUGGAAAACGUUCAUCAACCGCCGCACUGCCGUCAAGAAGAUCAACUCCCUGCCGGAGGUGCGCGGUGACCAGCUGAGGAACAUCGAGGACUUUGAUUUCAACCAUGGCACAACA